AUGGAUUGUAAACUUAAAGUAUUACUAAUCAUCGGUACCCACAUUUGCUCCACAUUGGCGCUACCCCCGUGUGUUUGUGGAAGGAACUACUCCCCAGUGUGUGGUUCAGAUGGCAAGAUGUACAACAGUGAGUGCCUCCUCGAGUGCGCUGCUUUCACCUCCAAGACGAAAAUCACUAUUUCGAAAUUCGGUCCCUGCGAGUCACCGAAAGUGUCUUCACGCAGAGUCUGUUUCUGCCCCAUGGAAGAAUCGCCAGUUUGUGGCAGUGACGGUCAAACUUAUCGCAAUGAGUGUGGACUAAAUUGUCAUAAAGUAAUGUUUAAUGAAUUCUUGACAGUUGAGUAUGCGGGUUUUUGUAAGACUGCUCUAGAACCUCCAUGUGUUUGUCCAGCUUUGGUAAAGCCAGUGUGUGGCAGUGACGGGAAUACGUAUAACAAUGAUUGCAUGCUAAAUUGUGCGACGAAGGAAAAUUCAAUGUUAAGUAUCGUGUACAGUGGCGCUUGUCGUGACACAGUGAAAGUCAGUGAUAUUUUAAUGACACGGUCCGUUCCUUAUUUUUCUUUUACACCUUUGUAUUACACGCGAUAA